CCUCCUCUUUCCUGUCACUCCCCCUCGUCCAAUCCUAGUUUUAUCUAACUAGAUCCGCGCCUUGAUGGGAAGACAUCGUCGACUUUGUCCUACCUGUUAUCUCUAGAUCCUGGCCAUCUGGUCGGUACGUGCAAGCCCAGUGAACCCGAUGGGAUAAGCAGUAAUUUUUAUUCGGGAGGUGACAUAUGUCUACAUCCUUAAUGGCUGAAAUAUUUAUGUCGUGCUAUAUGCUAUAUUACUUAGCAGGACCCCCUUUUCAAUUACCUUGCCUACCUAAGCUAUAUCCCUAUCCCAAUUUAUAGGUAUCUUCAUAUCAUUCCGGUCCAAGGCUUAGUACAGUGAUGGGCACUGGGUUAAGAUCUCGUUUCGAAGGGGUGAAGGAGAAGAUUCGUCUGCAUGGUGAUGAGAGUCAACAUGAACAAACUGAUCAAUGGAGUAAUCGUGACUUAAUCCCUUUACCCCCGAGCCGAAGAACUUGGGGCUGGUUUCAUUAUUUCGGUUUCUGGACAUUGUCGUCGCUGAACAUCACCAACUGGCAGACCCCAAGUAGCUUCUUGACUCAGGGAUUAUCCGUUCCCCAAGCUAUGUUAAUAAUAGUCGUCGGUCGUUUUCUGAUAUCCGCUUUUGCAACUCUGAUUGCCUGGUGUGGUCUACGGUGGCAUAUCGGCUUUACGAUCCAGAACCGCUUUACUUGGGGUAUGCGAGCGAGUUAUAUUCCUUUACUGCAACGGGUUUUGCUUAAUUUUAUCUGGAACGCCGUGCAGUGUUGGAAUGGCGGACGACUAGCUGCUGUUUGUUUGACAGCUAUUUCCCCGUCUUUUGCCAAUAUGCGAAAUUUUCUACCUGAAAGCCUACCAGCUACUAGUGAUCAGUUUGUCGGCUUUAUUGUCUUCUGGGUUUUGUCGACACCGUUGUUAUGGAUUCAACCGGAAAAGUUCAAGAUUCCUUUCUUAUUUACGUCUAUUUACAGCGCCUUGGGUAUGCUUGCUAUGAUGAUAUGGGCAUUGUCAACUGCAAAAGGUGUUGGUUCCCUCUUCAAUACUGGCGUAACGCUUCCAGAGGGAUCGUGGAGCGUCUCCUGGCUUUUAAUGGCUGGUAUCAAUCAGACCGUUGGGGGCGUUGCAGCCGGUAUCACCAACGGAUCUGACUUCUCCCGGUAUGCACGAAGCUGGAAAGGCUACGUGAUUGGAACGAUUACGUCGGGAUGGAUAACCGGUGUUCUUGUAUGCCUCGUUGGUCUAGUGACUACUAGCGCCGCUCAGAAGAUAUAUGGCGAGGUGUAUUGGAACCCACCAGACCUUCUAAUGAUGAUGAUGAACAAUGGGAACGGAUCCUCAGCGUCUCGGGCCGGCGUAUUCUUCCUUGCAUUCGGGUUCGGACUAACCAGCAUGUUUGAAAACAUUUGCGGCAAUGCGGUAUCCGGUGGCAUUGAUCUAGCCGGGUUAUGGCCACGCUACAUCAACAUACGAAGAGGUGCUAUUAUCACUUUUGUUGCCGCUUGGAUUGUCCAACCCUGGCAACUCGUGAAUAGGGCCGUCACAUUCAUCCAGGUCUUAAGUUCAUUCUCUGUUUUCUUAUCGCCCAUGAUCGGUCUCAUGGCGGUCGACUUUUUCCUUUUACGUGGGCGUAACAUCCGCUUGUCGCAUUUAUACUCCGGAUCCAACUCAUCAUACUGGUACUGGAAUGGUGUUAAUUGGCGAGCGAUCAUAGCAUGGAUCUGUGGCUGGGCCCCAACCAUCGGCGGUCUGAUUACCACUGUUAAGCAGGAUGCUGGUGCGCCUAACGCUCUAAGCGAAUUAUACUUCAUGGCGUUCUUCAUAGGUUUUUUUACGAGCGCGAUAAUUUUCUUUGGUCUUAACAAGCUUUUCCCUGUCGAGGGGAUGGGCGAGUACGACGAAGUUGAUAUUUACGGAACUUUCACUAUCAAAGAAGCAGCGAAACUAGGAGUUGUUCAUGUGGAGUUCCAAAUUGACGGUUUAGAAAGCGGCAAUGAUUCUCUAAGCCAAGAAAUAUUCGAGAAGAAGGACUAAUUUAUAAUCCAAUGUAGAGUUAGAGGCCCGUCCAAACCCUCGGUAGUUAACGCAGCUCUACACAACUCUUGUGGAAAUGGCAUGUCUAAACGACGAGCGUAUUUAUCCAUUUAACCCAUAGCUGCUCCUACGUAUUUAAGUUAUAUCUCA